AUGGGACGUCUAGAUGGAAAAAUAGCGCUGUGUACGGCGUCAGCACAGGGGAUAGGACUGGCUACUGUACUGGAAAGUCUUCCCCGGAAAGCAUUUGUCAAGGAGGGAGCCAGAGUCAUUGCUACAGACAUCAACAUCAGUAAACUGGAGCAGAAGGUUAAAGAUGUGCCAGGAAUCGAGGCCAAGAUGCUGAAUGUGGCAGACAAGGACCAGGUCACUUCACUAGUGGACCAAUUAGACCGUGUGGACAUCCUCUUUAACUGUGCAGGAAUAGUUCCCAAUGGCACGAUUCUGGACUGCGAGGAGGCUGACUGGGACCAGACCAUGAAUAUCAACCUGAAGAGCAUGUACUUCCUGUGUCGUGCUGUCCUCCCGAAGAUGGUAGCACAAGGUUCUGGAUCUAUCGUAAACAUGUCUUCCAGUGUCUCAAAUGUUAAAGGUGCCCCGAUGAGGUUUGUGUAUUCUGUCAGUAAGGGAGGAGUCAGCGGACUCACCAAGGCCAUCGCUGCAGACUUUGUCUCCAAGGGGAUUCGCUGUAACUGUAUCUGUCCAGCUGCAGUAGAAACACCAUCACUGCAGGAGAGAAUUAAUGCCUCCCCUGAUCCUGUCAAGGCUCGAGCAGCCUUCGUGCAGAAGGUUGGCCGUAUUGGGAAGCCUGAGGAGAUCGCAGCCCUGGCCGUGUACCUCGCAUCAGAUGAGUCUGGAUACACCACAGGCCAGGAACUUGUGAUCGACGGAGGCUGGGGCCUAGCCUAAUAAACAAGCAGACCCAGAUGUACCUGAACCACUAAAUGUUGUUGUUG